AUUCUCAUAUUAUUAUUUUUGGUUUUUUUGUAAUGACUUUAGUUAGUAGUGGUGUUAGUAUUUUUGGGGGGGAAUUCUUUUAAGUUUAAUAUUAAGAGUAGUGAUAGACGUAUAAUUGAGCUGUUUCUGCAAGUAUUAAUUACUAAUUUUUUGGUGGCUAUAGCUGGGCCUGGAUUUUGGUUAAUUCAAUUUCAAGGUCGGAUAUUUUAUCAAUCUGAGUUGACUCUGAAGGUUAUUGGUCAUCAAUGAUAUUGAAGAUAUGAGUAUGGUAAUAGAAAUAGGUUGUGCUUUGACUCUUUUAUAAAAUCGUUAGAUGAUUUAGAUAAUGGGGAUUUUCGGUUAUUUGAUGUUGAUAAUCGCUGUAUUUUGCCGGCUGAAGUAAAUGUUGGCUUUUAUUGUACUUCUACUGAUGUUAUUCAUUCUUUUGCUAUUCCUAAAUGUUUUAUUAAGAUAGAUGCUUUAAAUGGGAUAUUAACUAAGGUCUCUUUUAAUUUUUCUUGUUGUGGUUUGUUUUAUGGGCAAUGUUCUGAAAUUUGUGGUGCUAACCAUAGAUUUAUACCUAUUGUUUUAGAGUUAACUUCUUUAGAGUGUUGGAAGAACUGAUCUUUAAAUUAU